AUGUCGCUCAUUAUCUUGCUUGGAUGGAUUGUACUACUUUCAUCGGUAUUAGGGGCUGUUCCACCUUGUGAUCCACGUACAUUUAGCACAGGCAGUUAUCCAGGACGAUUAAUAUCAAUUGAUGUUACUGGUUACCAUCCGUUAAAGCUCCGUGCACAUAUGCGUCUGGCGAACAGCACCGAUGAAAUUUCAUUUGAAGGCAUGGUCUUCGUAGGUACUACGCUUCCUUCAGCCGCUGCCACAACAGUUUGUCGUUCGCUUGGUUGUAGCGAAUAUACUGUAAAUGCGAGAGUAUACUGGACUCCGCAUGAGGACUGUCUUUUUACCUGUCCUGAUGGCAAAAGUGCAAAACGAACAUGUUCAUUUAUGUUAAGUAGUUUUGCAUGCAAGGCAGACGCAAUGAAUUUGGCUGAAUGUCAGACUGGAAGCUUUUGGGCUGAAUCUAACAUGAAUCCUUCAACGAACUCCGGUGUCCAGGUUGUAUGUGCAGACUGUGGUGAAAAUUAA